AUGAAGCAUGUAAAGAAGGAGGAGUCCCCCCCGAAGGGCAGGGAGGACGUCGAGCCAGAGUACCACUACGAUUUUGUCAGAAUGCACAGCUCGGACAUUAAAAAAGAUCUCCUGGAUUGGUAUCACAAAUAUAGGAGAAAACUACCCUGGCGGAAUGACGAACCACCUUACACGACUACCGUAGAUGUGUACGAAGGAUCCCCCCAACGUGAUAUAAGGAGUUACUUCUGCAAAAAGGGAGAUGAACAAAUUAGCAGAAAUAGUGCGAAUAGGGAACAUGGAACGAGAGUUAUUACAAAGGGGAGGCAAAAGGAACAGGAGGAGUUACCCCUUCGGGAGAUAAAACUAGUUAAGAAUGAAUGUGUAGUGAAGAGCUCGCCUGUACAGAAGGACUCACCUGCACAGAAAAACCCAUCUGAGGAGUGCGAAGGUCAGCCUAGCAAUGAGUUGGAGGCUACCGAUGGAGACUGUUUGACGACCCCGAUUAGAAACACCCAGGCAGAAGUAAAAAAAGAGGAUGAUUCAUUGCCUCCAAAUGAGAAACAACAGUUAAGUCUUCGGGGCUACCAAAUAUGCGUAAGCGAAGUAAUGCUUCAACAAACGAGGGUCAGUACAGUCCUAGAUUUCUACCUCAAGUGGAUGAACAGAUGGGGCACCAUUUUCGAGCUAAACGAAUGUGACAUACUGGACGUCUUCAAAGAGUGGAAGGGACUGGGGUACUACCACAGAGUGAAGAACCUAGUAGCGUGUUGCAAACAGGUGGUUGAGAAAUACGAUGGGGUGUUUCCAAACGAUUUAAAGUUACUGAAGCAGCUGCCAGGAAUAGGGGAUUACACGUCCAAGGCGAUCUGCAUACAUUUGUACAACAUCAAAGAUAUAUGCCUCGACACAAAUGUGAUUAGGAUUCUUUCUAGAAUUACGGACACGAUUAAUUAUACCUACUCCUCCAUUUUAGCGAAGCACUGUGAACGGGUGAGCCAGAUUUUGUGCGAAGAGGACUCCAAUUAUUCUGAGUUCAGCCAGGCUUUAAUGGACUUGGGGUCCAGCAUUUGUAAUAACUCCCCACAGUGUAGUCAGUGCCCCUUGAACAAACAUUGCCUCAUCUAUUUGAAGAAGAAAAAUAAGUGUAAUAGUAAUAAAAGGGACAGCUCAUUUUAUAUGGACCACCCCGAUGGGUGCAAGCUGUGCCUCGAAGACAGGAACGUCGAAAUUAAGUAUGUUCCCUUGACGAGGAAGAAGAAGAAACCGGAAAAAGUAUGCCUCGCUCUGAUCGUAAAGAGGAGUUGCUCUCCAAGGCGGGAAAGAACAAGUAUAACAAGCAAGGUGGAAAAAAGCAGCCCGGUAAAAAAAAAAAUUACCUUAAAGGUUCAGAAAGGAGGAGGAAACAUAGAGGCUGACUACUACUUGAUGAUAAAGAACACAAAAUCGAAUUUGUUUUCAAUGCAUUAUUUGUUUCCCCAUUUGGUCCUGGACAAGUUUGAUAAAAAACUUGUGCCCACGGAAAAUGUUACAGAUAGGAAAGAAGAGAUCUGGAUAAAGUUUAAAGACCUGGAGAGCUUCACGCACAACAGCCUUUGUCAAAACAUAAUAGACCACUACAAAAGAAGCGUGUUUGCGUCUAGGACUUCUCUCUUAGAAUUUUCCUCGUAG